AACAGUUCUAUCGUCUAUCCCAACAUACAACAUGAAGAGACUGGCUGCAUAUCACUGCAACCACUAAUUCUCACAAUCUGUUUUUCAGGCAUGCUACCAGAGAGUCUUCUACAAGAAAACAUUCCUAUUCAAAUAUCAGUAUCUAUUGAUGAGGAGUAUGGGGUAUUGACCACUCCAGUCGUAAAUGCUGUCUCAAUGGAUGUGAGGGAUUCUGAUAGUUGGCAAGCGGAUUCGCUACCCUCACUGUAUUUAUUUCAAGAUAUAGCUGAUCACAGUGUUGCUCCCUCUCCGGAUGAUAGCAUUCUAUUUCUCCCACUUCCACCAGCAUUUGACUCCCGUAAUCAAGAAAAUUGGGCAUCAUUGUUGAAGGAGAUUGAGACAUGGCUGGUAUUGGAAGUGGAUCCAGAGUCACCAUUGUGGACUUGGGGACGUGAUGCCUUUUGGCUAGCAUUUAUUGGUGCAUAUCCAUACUUCCCGAGAGACAGAUGGCCGAUGUGGGAUUCUCGAGUACCAUUGCAAGGUACAUUCAUUGAAGCAUGGUUAGAUCAGUCGAGUGGUGCUGAGGCAAAUUGGAUUGGAGUAUGA